AUCUGACCAACAUCUUUGAGUCGUUCUUGCCCCAGCUACUGGCUUACCCGAACCCCAUCGACCCCCUGAACGGAGAUGCAGCUGCCAUGUACCUUCACCGGCCAGAGGAGUACAAGCAGAAAAUCAAAGAGUACAUCCAGAAAUAUGCAACAGAGGAGGCUCUGAAGGAACAGGAAGAGGGGGCAGGCGACUCUUCAUCCGAAAGCUCCAUGUCCGAUUUCUCAGAAGACGAGGCCCAGGACAUGGAGUUGUAGUGAUAGGAGGGCUCCCCAUCCCACUCCCUCCUUUAACCCCCAUCCCUCCCCCACAAAGACUAUAUUUGAUUUCCUAACCAUGAGAAAGCAGACUUAUAAUAUU